AAUCUCGCGAGAGCCUGAGUGUAAGCUCUCUGGGACUCGUCGCCUGGGGGCGGGGCCUCCGCGGGCAACAUGGCGGAGAGUGACGGGGAGACCCUGGAGUCAUGGCUGAAUAAAGCCACAAACCCUUGUAACCGUCAAGAAGACUGGGAGUACAUUAUCAGUUUCUGUGACCAAAUCAACAAAGAGCUUGAGGGUCCACAGAUCGCUGUCAGACUACUGGCUCAUAAAAUCCAGUCCCCUCAAGAAUGGGAAGCUCUACAGGCACUCACAGUUCUGGAGGCCUGCAUGAAGAACUGUGGGAGAAGGUUUCACAGUGAGGUUGGCAAAUUCCGCUUCUUGAAUGAGCUGAUUAAGGUUGUGUCUCCUAAGUACUUGGGAGAGAGGGUGUCAGAGAAAGUAAAGAACAAAGUGGUGGGUCUGUUGUACAGUUGGACGUUGGCUCUUCCUGAGGAGAAUAAAAUAAAGGAUGCCUACCACAUGCUGAAGAGACAAGGUAUUGUUCUCUCUGACCCUGUGAUACCGGUGGAUUGCACAUUGAUCCCUUCACCUCCAGUUCGACCCAAAAAUCCAAUUUUUGAUGAUGAAGAGAGGUCUAAGUUGUUAGCCAAAUUGUUGAAAAGUAAGAACCCAGAUGACCUCCAAGAAGCGAACAAGUUGAUUAAGUCCAUGGUUAAGGAGGAUGAGGUGAGAAUACAGAAGGUGAGCAAGCGUGUCCACACUCUGGAGGAAGUAAAUAAUAAUGUGAAGCUGUUGCAAGAAAUGUUGAUACAUUAUAACAAAGAAGAAUCAUCAGAAGGGGACAAGGAGCUUAUGAAGGAGCUGUUUGAGAGAUGCGAAGCCAAGAGACUCACCUUGUUCAAAAUGGCCAGUGAGACCGAGGAUAACGAUAGCAGCCUGGGGGACAUCCUUCAAGCUAGUGACAAUUUAUCUCGUGCCAUCAAUAUGUACAAGAAAGUUGUAGAAGGUCAAGACAUCAACGGGGAAAUGGACCUUCCAGAGACCAAAGACAGUAGAGAAGGAACAAAGUCCAGUACCCAGCUACCUACUCUGAUUGAUUUAGCAGGAUUUGAGCCUUCCAUUCCUCCAGUGGAUCCAGAGCCACUCCCUUCAUUAGCACAGCAAACGCCAGCACUUAUUCCUAUCCUUCCUCCUCCUCCACUUAUUCCAGCACAUUCCCACACUCGCACAUCUCAUUCAGAUCACACCGUCACUCAAAUGAACAGUGCAUCCAACUCACUGAGUUUGCUGGAUGAGGAGCUGCUGCAUCUAGGUCUAGAUGAUCCACCAACAAAUGUAGGACCAGAAUUGACUUUAAACUCCAAGGGUGAUUUAUUCCAGGUGGACAGUCAAGAGCUUGAUUUUUUCACAGGAUCUUCACUAGAUCCUCUAACCUCAAAAGCCACACCAUUGUUGUCACAGCCAGUGAUAACCAUGGGUACCUCAACUAUUGCUUCCUACUCCUCCCCUGCCAGCUAUACUGGUUUGUUCAAUGCUUCUUCUACAGUAUCUUCAGCAGUGUCAGCACCUACAGGAGGAAUUGCACUUCAUGAGCUUGAGGUUCUAGGACAGCAGCUCCUGGAGGAAGCAAAGGGUGCCUCAGCCAAACCUGCAUCUUCUGCUGCUGCUCUAAGCACCAUUCCAACCUUUCCACCAGUGAAGCCUCCAAAUGCUAUUGGAGCUAUGGUUUCUGCAUCGUCAUAUGGUUCCUUGCCUGUGGCUCCUGGUAGUCCCCUCUUCUUGCCACCUCAGCAGGAAAGCCCUCAGAAAGGAUCACUUAUUUCCCUAGCAAAUGUGACGGUACCCUUGGAAUCUAUUAACCCAAGUUCUCUCCUUCCUGUGACUGCUUAUGAUAAGAAUGGCUUUCGCAUCUUGUUGCACUUUGCCAAGGACUGCCCACCUGACCGUCCAGAUGUCCUGGUGGUAGUGAUCUCUAUGCUCAACACCGCUCCACUGCCACUCCGAAAUAUCCUUUUUCAGGCUGCAGUGCCCAAGACAAUGAAAGUGAAGUUGCAGCCGGCUUCUGGGACAGAUAUGUCAGCGUUUAAUCCUAUCCACCCUCCUGCAUCAAUCACACAAGUGAUGCUGCUGGCAAAUCCUCUAAAGGAGAAAGUGCGGCUCAGGUAUAAAUUGUCCUUUGCACUUGGAGAAGAAUUCAGCACAGAGGUGGGAGAAAUAGACCAGUUCCCAGAACCCGAACAUUGGGGAAAACUAUGACCCUGGUUUCCAUUGCCCAAUUCAGACUGUGACAUUGCUUUCAGAUUCAGGUUGUUUUCUUGUUCUGUACACUGGCAGUGAUGAACUGGACUCAGAGGGAGUAGUAGAGACCCUCGCAGCACUUUAUUCUCCUGAGUGGACUCAUUCAUCUUCCAUCAGGGCUCUUGGUGUCCAGAGCUUUUACUGCAUUCGCACUACUGCUGUGUAGUGAUAAGCCUUUCUUCUGUCUAAGCCCUCACCACUAGAGACCCAAUUUGUAGGUGCAGGGCAGAAGCUUUCAUAUGUGGCAACUUUUUCUGUACACAGUAUUAUUGCUAAUUUAUUUGUUCUUGUAGAGACCUGUCUGCACCCUAACAUCAUGUGAACCGUUAUAAAUAAAAGUCAAGUACGGUUAGUUUA